ACCAAGAUGGAUAUGCUUCAAGAUCCGGCGAGAGAGAAAAUGCGAAACUACAAAUGGGGUAGUUCUCGUAGAAAAUACGAAUGGCGAGAUGAUUACAUGGAUGGCAUGGCGCCCAGGGAUGAAGAACUCGAAAAAGAACUCUUCUCAGAGGCCACCCACGUUCACACGGGUAUCAAUUUUGACAGAUACGAUUCCAUUCCUGUCAAAGUCAAGGGCGAGAAUCCACCCAAAGGUUUCGAUCGCUUUGAGCAAGCCGACCUUCAUCCCGUGAUGAAGGAAAACAUUGCCCUCGCACGAUAUACUGUUCCUACCCCUGUACAGCGUCAUUCGAUUUCGAUUGUCACUGCCGGUCGCGAUCUUAUGGCUUGCGCUCAAACAGGUUCCGGCAAAACCGCAGCGUUCCUCAUUCCUACAUGUUCCAAAUUGUUCAGCCGAAGCCGCGAAUUGGUCGCACGACCUCAGAUGCAUGACAGCUAUCGCUUUAAAGCCAAGCCGUUGGUUCUCAUCAUGGCGCCUACCCGUGAAUUAUGCUCCCAAAUCUUUGAUGAAGCCAGACGCUUCUGUUAUCGAAGCAUGUUACGACCUUGUGCUGUCUAUGGUGGUGCUGGAGUGAGAUCCCAGUUGGAUGAAUUGGCAAAAGGAUGUGAUAUCCUUGUGGCUGCUCCUGGUCGUCUCUGUGACUUUUUGGAGCGUGGCAAAAUUGAUCUUUCAAACGUGCAGUUCCUGGUGCUCGACGAAGCUGAUCGCAUGUUGGAUAUGGGUUUUGAACCUGUGAUCCGUGACAUCGUUGAACGUAGAGGUAUGAACCGCAACCGCACGACACUGAUGUACAGCGCCACGUUCCCGAAAGAAAUCCGCAUGUUAGCUCGCGAUUUCUUGAAACCCGAUUAUCUGUUCUUGAGUGUUGGUCGUGUUGGUGGUACGACAACGGACAUUACGCAACGAGUACGUUGGGUGGAAGAACAAGACAAGAGAGAGACCCUUCGUGAACUGUUAUUAUCACAACCUCCGAGUCGCACCCUCAUAUUUGUCGACACGAAGCGCAGCGCCGACACUUUGGAUCAGUAUCUUUUUGAUAAUAAUUUCCCGAGUACGUCUAUUCAUGGUGACCGUAACCAAAUGGAGCGCGAAGAUGCUAUUCUUGCCUUCAAGUCUGGUCAAUGUCCUAUCCUCGUUGCCACAGCGGUGGUGGCUAGAGGUAUUGACGUACGAAAUGUGAUGCAUGUCAUCAAUUACGAUAUGACCAAUAGCAUUGAUGAAUAUAUCCAUCGUAUUGGUCGUACCGCUCGUGUCGGUAAUGCCGGUCUUGCUACCUCGUUCUUCAAUGACCGUAAUAUGCCCGUCGCUGCCGAAAUAACCAAACUGCUUCAAGAAUGUCAACAAGAAAUUCCUGAUUUCCUGCAACCAUACAAAUCAAGAACAUUGGUCUUCAAAGAUGACGAUGAUGAUGAUGAGAUGCCUAGAGCUGGUGGUGGUGGUUAUGGAAUGGGAGGCGGUGCUAGCGGUGGUCAUGAUAAUGCUUCUUCGUUUGCCGGUGCUCCAGAGCCAUCGUGGACGGCAGCUGAACCAAGCUGGGCAACCCAAGAAGCUUCAUGGGACGCUCAAAACCCUUCCCGCGGUGCUGGUGCCUCCAAUGCCUCCAAUGCCCCCAACAAUGGUGGCUUCAACCCUGACCGAACUCCCUGGUAAAAUGAGGAUAUCGCCUUGCCUUUAGAUCGAGCAACAUGGAUGCUCAAACAAAAUGUAAAUUUCAUCGUAUAGCACGCAAAAUAAAACUUCCCGACUGAUAUGCUA